CCACCACCACCACCACCACCAUCACCAUCACCACCACCACCAUCAUCACCAUCACCACCACCACCACCACCACCAUCACCAUCCCACCCCACCAUCAUCAUACCACCACCAUCACCACCACCAUCAUCAUAACUCCAACUACCA